ACUCCUUGCUCCUGCAUGUGCAAAGCUUCAUCAUCUCUUGCUGUCGCUUCUUACAUGAUCAUGUCCAGUUCAGCUUCACAUAAGCAUAUUCAAAGGGUGAUGCCCACGUUCAACAACAUUACUAUUCCUUAGCCUCAACAUGCAUGACUGAAUAUUAUACCAAGAUUUCAUUCAAAGAAAGCAACCUCUCUACCCUAAUACCUUUCUUUUGAUCCAAGACCAUGCAUUAUGUUUGAGUCCUUUUGACUUCCCUCUUUGCUUCUCACAUGGUCACAAUGAAUUCUUCAACUCUUCUUGACUAUGCCCUCUUUCAACUCACUCCAACUCGAACCAGGUGUGAUCUGGUUCUCUUCUAUGGAGGCAAGAAUGAGAAGCUGGCUUCUGGGUUAUUUGAACCAUUCAUUUCACACCUUGAAUAUAUUAAAGAUCAGAUUUCCAAAGGAGGGUAUUCCAUCAAACUUUGCCCACCAACCAAAAAUGCUCCUUGGUUCACCAAAGGCACUUUUGAGAGAUUUGUUCGCUUUGUUAGUACACCAGCAGUGCUCGAGAGAUUUAUCAGUCUAGAAAGAGAAAUUCUGCAGAUUGAGGAGAGUUCCGUUCAGGCCAAUGAAUUGUCAAACACAAAUGUAGCUGGACAGCUGGAGGAAGGGAGUGGACCAGCUGCCAAUAGUAUCACACGGAAGUCAAGCGAUUCCUCCAAGCUAAAAGGUGAACUUGAGAAAAGUGAUCAUGCUGUGCCAGAGGAAAACUCCAAGAUCCAAUUUCAACGGCUUCUGGAAGCCCGGAAAACAUUGCUUCGCAAAGAGCAAGCAAUGGCUUAUGCCCGUGGUCUUGUUGCUGGAUUUGAAGUGGACAACAUAAAUGAUCUCAUCUCCUUUGCAGAUGUUUUUGGAGCUUCACGGUUAAGGGAAGCAUGCAACAAUUUCAAGGAGUUAUGUAAAAAGAAGCAUGGGGAUGGUCUUUGGAUGGAAGAAUUAGCAGCAAUGGAGGCAUGCCCUCCAUCAGAACUGUCAUUUUUGGGAACUUCAGGAAUUGUACUUGCAAAUGAAAUUAGUGCCCUUAAUCAGAAUGUCAUGCUAAACUUGGCAAACAAUGGGGUAUCCACUGGUGAUUCUGUGCCCAAAGGAUCUUCAGAUGCAUCAAGAUCUGAUUCAACAGCAGACAGUAAAAAGGAUGGAAGCAUGGCAACAUCUGACCAGAUACCAUCAACUAAUGCCAAAGUUCAAGUACCAAUGCAGUGGCCAUAUAUGUACAAUUUCCAAGGCCCUGUUCCUCAAUUUCCUCCAUAUCAAGGAUAUCCUUUCCCUACCAUGCAGCCUAUUCCUCCUCAUUAUCCAAGAAAUAUGCAGUGGCCUUCUAGUGUGAAAGAACUUAGUCCAGGAAAGAAGGAUAAAUCCAUGAACAAAAAAGGAUAUGAAUAUUCAGGAGAAGAAAGACAAACAGAGUCCAGUGACUCUGAUGUGAAUGAUUCAGAUUCCCAUACGGAUCAGGAAAAAAAGCACUCUUCUACAGAUGUUCAUUACAAGAAAAAACACAGGAAGAAGUCAUCUAAGACCGUGGUUAUCCGCAACAUUAACUACAUCACCCCCAAGAGAAGAAAUGGGGGAAGUGGUAGUUUUUCUGAUGAAACUUCUACGGAUGAGGAUGAUUUCAUUGAUGAAGAUACCAUCAAACAGAAGGUAGAUGAUGCAGUUGGAUCGUUGGAGAAAUUGCAAAAGUCAAAUUCCAGUACACAUAGAAGAAAAGGUUCGAACAAGAGUAACCACAAGUCAAAUGAAUCAAGUGAUUCUCCCAACCAGGAUUUUGCUGAUGGCCUUGUUUCAAAUACAUCCAAGGUAGGAAGAACAAACGAGAAUUGGGAUACUUUCCAGAGCCUUCUGAUUAAAGAUGAUUGCACGGUUAAUGGAGUAGAAAAGUUGCAGCCAGUGGAUGUUCGUGAAGAGCAUUUCAUAAUCAGAAGUGCUGGAGAUGGAACUUCAUCAGGGAUCAAUCCUGCUGUGGAAUUGGGACCAGAGAAAGUACUGAACAAAAGGAUGGCUGAGGGUGAUUCAUUUGUUGUGACUCAGAGGGAUGGGGAACAUGAGGAUAGAGUUAGGCCGGAAGAUAUCGAAAAUGCAGAGGGUUUUCGACCAAUCAUGAAGAGAAGGUACUCGACAGAUGAAGAUUUGCUAAUUUCACGAAGAUUAGAAGAAUCUAGUGGACUUGGAGGUAUCUUAUCUCGUACUAGUGAGACAUCCAUAAUCAAGCCUGGAAAAGGAGAUGAUUGGUUUGUUAUCAAUCAUUCAGGGAAACCAGAAAGCCAGGAUGCAGCCAAUUGCAUGCUGUCACUAGAGGGUGAUUCUUCAAAUGCCAAGCCAAGUAGAAAAGAUGUACUUGUUGAUGAUUCUUUCAUGGUUCACGCUCGAUCAACUGCAGAUGAUCCAUAUGAUUCACAGUGGAAAACUGACAUAAGAAUGGCCGCGGAUCUAACUUUAUCUUCCCAGCCAGAAAAUGGAACUGCAGAUCAUAACCAUGAAGUACUGGAUGCCUAUGAACCGAAUGACCUUUGUGCGGUCCUUGAACGGCAUUCUGGAUUUGAAUCUACAUUAGAAUCCUGGGACACAGACCGGGGAAUUGACAUAUCAUUCAUGGAAGCUCAGAGAAGCCCGAACAUUGAAUCUGGAGAUCAAAUUGAGAAGAAGCUUCCUUCAAACAGUGACAAGACCGCCAUCAAGAAGAAUGGAAUUAUUGGGAGAAAAGUUCCAGAAGUGAGGUCUAAAAUUGUGCAAGGAUACCUCAGUAAGAGCAAAACUGAGAUGACGUCUAAAGGCAAGAAAUCAUCACUUGCCAGUAAGCCCGCAAUUCAGAAGAGCAAGCAAGAGAAGGAAGAAGAGACUAGGAAGAAAAUGGAAGAGUUGGUGAUUCAACGCCAAAAAAGGAUUGCUGAAAGAACUGCAGCAGCUGCCGGUGCUCUGGCAUCAACCAAGAGAGUAUCAUUGGAGAGCAAAACAGUGAAAGGUUCUCCCAAGUCUGACAAAAGAAAUCAUUCCUAUACCCCCGAGAGACAAACAAGAUAGGUUACCAUCAAAAUCAGGACAACUCAAGAAAGAAAGCUCAGAUGGUGAAUGUGUAGAUCCUCAGUUACUGAAAUCAAUGCUUCACUUGGUCUUGAGUUCGAUGGGAUUAACAGUAUGCAAGAUAGGUUUCUAUCUACAAGAAAUGAUCCCAAGACAUGUGCCAUAAAGUGCCUCAGUCCCACUUAAUCAGAUACUCUGCCAUGUUCUCGAUAUUUUCCUUUGCAAGCAAUAACUCGACGGGUUGCUUAUAUAGUUUUAAGAUUCAUAUAAUGAGCGAUGAUGUAUAGUUCUCAUGUGCUAUUCUUGAGACUUCGCCUAUUUAAAUUCUUUCACAUUAUUGUGCAUGGAAAUAAUCUCCAGCUUGUUUCUUCGACGUCACAGGUAUGUAAUUUGUAUCUUGCAAUGUAAGGCUUCAUUAUUGCCAAACAGGUUUCAUGGUUGCUUCUGUAGCACUUCUAUUUUCUGUAA